CAUCCCCAGUGCCUGGCAUCUAGGAGGCAUGCCCUAAAUAUCUUCUGAUGCAUAGUAACGAUGUUAAUGAUAGCAGCUAGCCAUUGGUUGAGGACCUCCAGUGUGCCAGGCUAUCUUCUAAACAUUUUAAGAGGGUGAGCGCAUUUAAGGCGCCACCCCCGGGAUCAUUUUACGGAUAGUGAAGCCGGUUCCGAGAGGCCAAGCUCUGAGCCCAGGGGGAGAUCACGCAGGGAAUCCCGCGUUUCACCGCUGUGCUGCUCAGCGCCCUGGACAGGGCAUAGCGGUCGCGGGUAUCCAGGGCUCCGCGAGGGCGCCCCUGCCCCGCCCCACCCUGGGUCCGCGCGCGUCAGCGGCUCGUGAGGGCGCACCAGGAACCGGUCCGAGAGGAGCUCGGCGGCGGCGGCGGCCCGUGGCGAAAGUGCGGCUGCGGAAGCGCGGCGAGGCCGGCGGCGCGAAGGAGGAAGUCCGGGGAGGCGCGGGAGCUGGGGGUCUGCGGCGCCGAGCGGACGCCAUGGGCCGCCUGCACUGCACGCAGGACCCCGUGCCCGAGGCCGUGGGCGGCGACAUGCAGCAGCUGAACCAGCUGGGCGCGCAGAAGUUCUCAGCCCUGACGGAAGUACUCUUCCACUUCCUAACUGAGCCAAAAGAGGUGGAAAGGUUUCUGGCUCAGCUCUCUGAAUUUGCCACCACCAACCAGAUCAGUCUCGGGCCCCUCAGAAGCAUCGUGAAGAGCCUUCUCCUGGUUCCAAAUGGUGCCUUGAAGAAGAGUCUCACAGCUGAGCAGGUCCGGGCUGAUUUCAUAACUCUGGGUCUCAGUGAGGAGAAAGCCACUUACUUUUCUGAAAAGUGGAAACAGAAUGCCCCCACCCUUGCUCGAUGGGCCAUAGGUCAGACUCUGAUGAUUAACCAGCUUAUAGAUAUGGAGUGGACAUUUGGAGUGACGUCUGGGAGCAGCGAACUGGAAAAAGUGGGAAGUAUUUUUUUACAAUUAAAGUUGGUGGUUAAGAAGGGAAAUCAAACUGAAAAUUUAUACAUAGAAUUAACCUUGCCUCAGUUCUACAGCUUCCUGCACGAGAUGGAGCGAGUCAGAACCAGCAUGGAGUGUUUCAGCUGAUUUCUGUCCCCCUGCAUCUCCACCUCGCCCCCUCCCUGCCCCCUCCUCCUCCCCGGUGACUGCUCAGAGAGGCCGCUGGCUCCCAGGCCUGUGGCCGCUCCUUUGGGCCUGCUUGCCUCUUGGGAGCCCAGGUGCAAAGGUUUCUGAAAAACAAAGGAUUAAGUACUUAAGGAGCCUGAUAGGCUGGUCCUGAAGAGUCUUUGUUGAGGGACCCUCCACGACCUAUCUCCCAGGUCACGGUUUAGAUAUUCAGAGAAGCGAUUGCAUCUCAGAUGCAUGGGAGGAAAUAAGUUGAGUCACCUCCCUUUCAAAGUUCCAGAGUAAACAAAUGGUCUAUCGCUCAAGAUACGCACUGACGACCUUCCCCCGCAAAAGAACGAGGACUUAUUUAUGGCUGAGGAAGAGGUGGACUCUGUGAGUGACACACGGGGGAGCCCCCAGCGGAGUUUGUAAGUUUGUGGUGGUGGUGCUUUGCUGAUCAGUCUUUAGUGGACACCUGUGUAAGAAUACAUGCUGGGUCUGCUCUGAAAAAAACUGAGGCUUCACUUCAGGUUUUGCCCUGUUGUGUGUAAUGAGGUGGGCCUUUUGAGGCGAUUUCAGCUUGUUUCGGUUCAAGCUGACCUUCUCUGGUGGUUAGAAGAAUAAAAAAGGUUCUGAAGAACAGAUCUGCAUCUGGUCGUAUCUAUGCAUGGAUUAAAGAGUCACCUGCCUUUCAGAGAGCUAGUGCUCUUAUCUUCAAAAAUUAUCUUCCUGGGCUUCCCUGGUGGCGCAGUGGUUGAGAGUCCGCCUGCCGAUGCAGGGGACAGGGGUUCGUGCCCCGGUCCGGGAGGAUCCCACAUGCCGCGGAGCGGCUGGGCCCGUGAGCCAUGGCCGCUGAGCCUGCGCGUCCGGAGCCUGUGCUCCGCAACAGGAGAGGCCACAGCAAUGAGAGGCCCGCGUACCGCAAAAAAAAAAAAAUUAUCUUCUUGAUUUUGGUGAGGGCCCUGGGUCUUCAGUGAAAUUUGCCGUGGUCCAAAGUGGGAAUUCGUAAGAUCAGUUCAGGGAAAACUGAGGUUAAAAACAUCAUAAAAAGCGGAGUGGAUGAAUGCUUUGUGUUUAGUACCACCCUGGCACGUAAGUUCUCCUCCUCCUACCUCUCCCCUUCCCCUCAGAAAUUUUCCAAACUUUUGAGUAGAUUAUACAUGCCCAUGAUUCAAAAAAUACAUUGUAGAGUAAUUCCUUCUCCCGCCCCACUCCCCACUUACCUAGUUCCCCUCCCCAGAGGGAACACCUGUCAUGAGUUUAUUCUGUGUUCAUGCAUUUGCAAAUACACAGGCACUGAGUUUGACUUUUCUUCCCACACAAAUGGUAGCAUACUGUAUACACACCGUGUCCUGCACCUCACUUUUUCCCACUUGGAAAUCAUUCCACAUCAGAACAGAGAGAGCAGCCUCAUUUUUUGAACAAAUGGAUGAUUUAUUUAACCGCUUUCCUGCUGAUGGGUGUUUGGGUUGUUUCCAUUCUUUUUUUAUAUAUAAAUUUAUAUAUUUUAUUUAUUUAUUUUUGACUGCAUUGGGUCUUCGUUCCUGUGUGUGCGCUUUCUCUAGUUGCAGCAAGCGAGGGCUACUCUGUUGCGGUGCACGGCCUUCUCAUUGCAGUGGCUGUUCUUUUUUCGGAGCACGGGCUCUAGGUGUGCGGGCUCAGUAGUUGUGGCUCGUGGGCUGUAGAGCACAGGCGCACACGGGCUUAGUAGCUCUGCGGCAUGUGGGAUCUUCUUGGACCAGGGCUCGAACCUGUGUCCCCUGCAUUGGCAGGUGUAUUCUUAACCACUGCGCCACCAGGGAAGUCUCUCCAUUCUUAUUUUCUUAUGAACGAUGCUACAACUGAAUUUUAUAUACCAUUUUACAUGUGGGGGAGUGUAUUUAUAAGGUAAACGUGGAUGUGGAGUUGCUGGGUCAAAGAAUAUGUGCAUUUAUCAAAGAAUAUAGAAGGAA